UAUAGAUGGUGAAAAUCAAUAUGGCAUUAAAAGUGUAUACUGGUGCUGCGUAGUUGGGACGUGUCAUUUCAUAAUUUCUUUAUAACAGUUUUUACUCUUUUUUUAUGAUCAUCACUUCAUACAUGUCACACAAUAUUUACAGUUUAAAUUAUUACAGCAUGUUAUAAGUUAAAAUUCAUUUUAAAAACAUGUUAUCCUGUUCCAUAUGUACAGCUCUAUAAAAUAAUAAACCCAUUAUAUUUUGUACUAUGAUAAUUUCCCUCCAUUGUAUAAUAAUCUGUCUACACCUGGAUCCAGGUAAAUAGCAGGAAGUUGAUUGUUGAGCUUAUUCCCGAGCGGGUCCUGAACGCCUCAGCCUGAUCGUCUCAGGUCGUCACAUCUCGCGAGAAUACACCGCCCCUGCGCUGCGCUGACCUCAUGUUGGCGCAGAUCUCGCGGUGUUUGGGAACUGACGGCGGUUGGAAAUGGAGUCGGAGGGGGCGGGGUGCAGCAGGAGGGAGCAGAGAUGUUUGGAGGCUUUUUUUUAAUAUAAAAUUAUUUAUUUAAAUAAAAAUGGCCGCCGUGGAGAGCGGAGAGGAGAGACUGGAGGAAGGUCAAGAGGGUGAGGAGGGACCUGUCGAUCCCCAGGCCCCCACCAGAGAGAGAGACAGGUCCCACAGUAAGACCAAGAAGGCCCGCAGGGAGCGUCGUCAUGCUGACCGGGGGGCCGAGACCACAUCAUCAGCCACGCCCCCGUCAGCUGGGCUGCAGCCACAGACAGGGGUGGAGCCACAGACCCAGGUGUUGGAGCCAGUGGCAGGUCCCUCAGAUCCAGGAUCAGCACCAGGGUCAGAAUCUGCAGCAGGCAGUGAGUCUGCAGGGUCUCCCAGGCAGCGGCGCUCCAUCAUCCGGGACCGCGGGCCUCUGUACGACGACCCAUCACUGCCUGAAGGGUGGACCCGCAAACUCAAACAGAGGAAGUCUGGACGCUCUGCGGGGAAGUUUGAUGUCUACCUGAUCAACUCAGAGGGGAAGGCAUUUCGUUCCAAGGUGGAACUUAUUGCCUACUUCCAGAAGGUUGGUGACACAACCACCGACCCCAACGACUUUGAUUUCACUGUCACUGGACGUGGAAGCCCCUCCCGCCGCGAAAAACGUCCACCCAAAAAACCGAAGGUGGUGAAACCGUCAGGACGAGGCCGUGGGCGACCGAAAGGCAGCGGGAAGAUGCGGCAAGCUACAGAGGGCGUGGCCAUGAAGCGCGUGGUUGAGAAAACUCCGGGCAAACUGCUGGUCAAGAUGCCCUUCAGCAAGGCAGAGUCCUCCACCGGCACCACCUCCACUGCCUCAAAGGUAGUAUCUCCUGCCCUGGUGCCCAAGUCCCGUCCUGGGAGAAAGAGGAAAUCAGAACAGGAACUUCCGCCCCCACCACAGACUGCCCCUAAAAAACGGGGCAGGAAACCAGCCUCGGUUUCAGCAGCAUCAUCAGCUGCCACAGCAUCCACCUCCUCUGCAGCACCCUCUGGUGGCUCAGCAGCUGGGAGCUAUGCUGCAGCUGCCAUCUUAGCUGCUGAGGCCAAACGGAGAGCAGCCAAGGAGUCUUCCACCAAACCUGUUGUCCAGGAAACAGCUCUGCCAAUCAAAAAACGCAAAACAAGAGAGACAGUGGAGGAGAGGGAGAGUGUUCAGGCUCCAGCGACUACAACAGCAGAAACUGGAGGGAGGGCUACUGCAGAGGGGGAGGGAGGUACAGGGGAGGGGGCUCCCACCUCAGAGCCUCAGCCCACCCCAUCUGAGCAGAGCCAAUCACAAUCACAGAAACAGCCGACUGCUUCUGAUGAAAGCCAAUCACAUGGACACAAGACACAUAAAGGGAGGAAGCACAAAGAGAAAACGGCAUUAGCAGCAGGAGAUGGAGGAAGCAGAGGAGAGGAGGUGGGUGAAGAUGUAGGUGAUAAGGGAGCAGAGGGAGGUGGAAGGAGUAGCAGCAGCAGCAGUAGCAUUAGCCCAUCAAAAAGCCACAAAAGGAAGGACCGGCCACCUCACAAACACCACCAUCAUCACCACCACCACCACCAUCAUCACCGCCACCAACAGUCCUCUGCCUCCACAUUGGAUCAGCCUCCUCCUCCUACUCCUCCUCCUCAAGCCUCUGGACACCCAGCACCCUCCAGCCAGUCCAGGCCUGAAGUCGAGUCCCAGACUGUGCCUCAGAUCACCACCCAACAAUUGCAGCACACCCAGCAAGCUCCUCCCAGACCACAGUCCAAGUCUGUGCCUCAGUCCCCGCCAGAACCUCGGCAUCCUCCCCCUCAACCACGCCACCAGGCCCAACCCCGUCCCCAACAGCAUCCCCAGACCCAGUCAUCCAGUCAGCCCCAAGCCCAGCCGCGAUACCCAGCACCCCAGUCCUCUCCUACCAGGCAUGUCUUGCCCCAACCACGGCCCCAACAACCCCAGCCCCAAACCCACAGUCAGCCCCAGACGUCACCCCAAAAAGCCCAGUCACAGCCUGUCCACUCCCCAGCUCAGCACCGAACCCAGCUUCAGGCUCAGCAUGCUUCACCUCAGUCACACCCUUCUCAGUCCCCAUCCAUUCUACAUGUUCAUCCGCCCCAAACAAGGCAUCCACUUCCCCAAACCCAGUCCCCCUCAGCACUCCAACCUCAAACCCUGCCCAGGCACCCGUCUCAACCCCAGAGCCAGCUCAAACAGCAAUCUCAAUCCCAGCCCCGGCAGUCAUUGCAGCCUCAACUCCAACCCCAGGCCAGGACCCAAACUCAACCCCAAACCCAAUCCCAGUCCAGAACCCCAGCCCAACCUCAGCCUCAACUGCAGCCCAGAACCCCUGCCCAAAUUCAGCCUCAAAUCCAGCCCAGAACGCCAGCUCAAACGCAGCCUCAGCCCCAGUCCAGGAGUCCAGCCCAAACUCAACCUCAAUCCCAGUCUAGAACCUCUGCCCAAACUCAGCCUCAACACCAGUCCAGGACCCCAGCCCAACCUCAACCUCACCUGCAACCCAGGCAUCAAGUGCAGCCCCAACUGCAGACGAGGCACCCUUCGCAACAUCAACUCCAGACUCAAUACAGACCACAAUCCAGACAGUCUGUCUCCCAGCCCAGGCCUGCCCAGUCCCAAUCCCAGUCCCAAGCACAACCACACUUUCAGCGGAUUCAAACACAGCUGCGCCCCCAGCCCCACCCUCAGCUCACCAGGCCUCAUGUGCAGCACCUCUCAUCCCACAGGCCAUCUCCCAGCCUAACCAGAACCAACCUGGUCCCUGCUCAGCAGAACCAGACCGAACAGCCCCAAGAUCUGAGCACCACACGGCCUGGCCGAGGAAGCCUUCCGCCGAGCCGAGAGGUCAGCAUGGAAGACGUCAGGGCAGAGGGGAGAGGAGAUCCAGUCAUGACAUCUGAAAACAGAGAGGUUUUAGGAGGAGAAAGAGGGUCAAAUAGCACCUCGAGACCUCCCAGCUCCAUGCCUACCGGACCUCCCGGGGUAGCCGGGGCCAGUCUUGUCCCCGGGGCAGAUGGUAGGAACAGGCUCCGGGCAGAACCAGAGGCAGCAGGUGAGGGCAGGGAGCUCAGAGACAUCGUACCCCAGUCCGCCGUCCCGUGCCCCAGCCGAGAGGAAACCGUAGAGUCACGGACUGCCGUCAGCGAAAGAGUCAGCUGAUUGGUCGGGCCAAUGAACAGGCUGACUGAUCGGUAGACUGACAGACUGAGUCAGCACCAGGUGGAAGAGAAGAGUGUGACUGGGCUGUUCGUGGAGGUUUAAUGUUUUUACACUGUUUUCAGAUAGAAGGAUAGCAUCACACAGAGCUGGUAGGACUGUUGCAGCUUCUGCUCCGUCUGAUUCUGUCUGGAGACUCUGUAAAGUUCUGGAUUAGAGAACCGACCUGGACAGCUGGAGAGGAGGACAAAUAGUGUCUUUUUCUAGGAAAACAAAUGAAAAGGAAAAACCGAUAAAAAGUGUGUGUAUAUAUAAUCAAAAGGCAGCUGUUGUGUCCCGCUAGUCUCCGUGGGGAGGGGGGGGGGGAGUAGUUUGGAACUAAAAACCAACGCUUAACAACACAUUACUCUGAACGAAACGUUGCUUCCGGAAUAUAACCUGUUUUUUUUUGUUUGUUUGUUUGUUUGUUUGUUUUUUAUUUCGUAUUUUGAUAGUUUAUUGUUUUGUCUCUGUUAUACAGCUUUAAACUCUGAUAUAAUUGACUGACGGUCCCUUACUCAUCGCCUUGCUGCUGACUGACAGUCCCUUAUUUAAAGUCUCUCUCACUAAAAGUCCUCCUAUUGACUGACAGUCCCUUACUGAAACUAGUCCUUGACUGAAAGCCUCAGAGGUGAUGUGGGGCGGCGGUUUGCACCUUAAACUGGUUUCUUAAAAAUGUCACGUUUGUUUUCCUCCCCAUUUUCCAUUAAACCCAUAAUAAACAAAGAGGGGGGUCAGUAAUGCUUUCCAUCCUCUUCCAGACUGCCCCCUACAGGUAGCCAAUCUGAUGUAUGAGUAUUUAUAUUGAAGUCAUGACUCAACACAGACGUCAUUCUGAACAGAGUCUUUGAAACCCAUUUUGAUUGUCGCUUGAAAUAUUUUCAAAUCGACUUGAGGAGUUCUUGAUUCCUCCAAUCAGACACUGAAACAGCCUCAAAAACAGAUGAGUCAGUUGUUUGAAAUGAAAUCCUCGAGUGCUCCUCAUCUGUUUUUCAAGUACUUCAAGCGAAUUGUUCUUCCAGUUUAGAGAUUCUUCCAUACUGGUCUUCAUUGAAUCUGUUUGUUUUGGUAGUCUUUUUGUUUCCAAAGGAAGCACUUUUAAUAUCAAACCAAACCCACUUUUACAGUAGCUUUAUUUUAGUUUUUAGUCUUAAUGAAAGAGUGGGAAAUGGACUCAUUGUUUAUUGUUUCUUCGUGUUGAAUGUCUGGAACAGUUUGCACUCCUCCAGUUUGUACAAUCAACCGCCUGCAUGUCGCUCGGAGACCCUGCAGGCCUUCAACCGGAGACACACGUACACAGAGGUCGACCUCGCCGAGGUUUUACUGUCAGCCAUGUUGGUGAUAUUAGUGUUCUGCAGAAGUAAAACCCUGAACGAGGUCUGGCUCAGCUUUAUGUGGAGUCGGAGGUGUUGGAGACGGCAACACAAAACUAUUCAUUGAGCAGAAAACUAACUUUGAGUCUGUAAGUCCAGAUUUGAGAGCGUAGACAGAUUGGAGAGCGUACCUGAUAUUCAAAGCUGAAGGAACUGAGGGCAGGACUUAUGUUGUCCUUCUUAACUGCUCUCACAUUCAGAUACAUAUUCUGCAAAAUACAGAGCAGGUGUCAUCAGAAUAAAAAUAACUAGUAACUAUUUAUAUAAGUUAUAUAAUAACUAGUUAGUGUGAAGAAAAGCAACAUGGUACCAAAAUGGCCACAGUAUAAGUCAGUUUGAGAUCCCUUGUGAAACAUUCCUUUUUUUCAUGUAUUUCAUUUUCUAACAGAGCAGAAAAACAAGAGUCUUGUGCUGUGUUCCUGGUUCCUGCCACCUAAGACAGCAGUAAAUUAUCUUAGUAACAUCUGAUAUUUCAUCAAGUGAAUAUCCUCCUGUCUGGUCUGAUAUGAGGUCAGUUUGAUCUUGUAUAGUUCUGGAAAUUCACAAAGCAUGUCAUUAGUAGAGAUCAACAGUGAUUGGCUUCAUCCACAAAGUUCAGAGCAGCAAACCAAAAAAAAAAAAAAAAAAAAAAAAAAGUUGCAGUACCACAAGUGACCACUGACUGACAGUGCUGCAUCACGUCUAUUUAAACAUCUAUGAGUUGGAGCCAGAUCAUUUUCAGACCUAUAGGAGGUUUGUUCUGGUCUUAACCAGUGGAUGAGUUGAAGGAACUUGUUGGUUCAGUUUCAUCAUAAAUGACUGGUAAUUAAAAUCUGCUGGUGACUGCACUCUCUAGUACUGCCCCCACGAGUCAUGUGACUGAUUUUGUGGAGGUUUCAGUGUUGUGGUCUCUGUCCACUUUCUGUGUUCAGAAAAGCAGAAACAAACUGAAUUCUGAUUUAACUGGACUGAACAACUGAGGUUUGAAAACGCUGAGUGUUCAUUCAGACAAAGUACAACAAAAGAUGAUUUUGUUGCCACACAGUUAACAACAAAAACCAAGUUCAGUUCUUCUUCAUCUGCUCCACCAGGUGGCAAACACCACAGACAUCAGGACUGAAGUACAGAAACUGAUCCUCAUAGGUCAGAGGUCACAGCAGAGAAAUUACAAUAAAAACACAGCUGAUCUUUAGAAAAUGAAACUGCUGAAGAAUUAAACUAAAAAUAGCACCAAACAGGAAAUAAACACAUCACCAUGGUUACUGAUUCGUCCCAGCAUCAGUUUCACUGUAAACAUGAAGCUCUGUGAUUGGCUGUUUGUUAGUGAAAUGCACCCUGGGAGUCGUAGUAGACUUCCCUCUUUCAGUUUUUCUGUCUGCCGCUUCUUGUAGCAGCAGACAUUUCUGUCUAUAUUUUGUUGUGAUGAGUUUCAUGUUCAGUGAAUAUCGUCUGAAACCUGCUCUGCUCAUCUGAAUCUCUCUCAGGUCUGAACUUACAGCUUCUGUCUGAAUGUUACGCUCUCUCAGUAGUUUUGACAUCAGUAAACUUUACUUUUUGCACCUUAGUGUUCACAUCACUCUUUGGGGAAAAUGCUCCAGCACUUUAGCAACGACGUUGGAAAAUUGAGCUUUUCGCCCUCAACCAGAAAAAAACAAAUAAGUGAAUGUCUUCAUCCUGGAUAAAAUAAAUGUGCCUCGUUCUUUAAAGUCCUCGUCCGGUCUCUCAGGUGACAUCAUUUGUAUCCACCUGAGGCUCCUCCCCUCUGCGUACGUGGUGCUCCGCCUGCCACCCAGUCUGCUCAGAGCAGUGAACCUGUUAGCAUGCUGUCUCUCACACAGCUGCAGAAAUCAAACGUCCCUCUGUGAACAGACUCACUCCACAGGACUCGACCCGGCACAAACUACAGUAACCAGCCACCAUAUUGCAUGUUCCAGAGUUUAGUGCCUAUAAUAUUGUGCGUCUUGCCAGAAGCCACCAUGUCAGCCAAGCCAUGUUGUGUUUCUAGACUUAGUAGUGAUGUGUGUGGUGACUUCAUAGUUGCUAAUAUUGAGGAUGAAUAUUCUGCUUUUACUCUGGUUGGAAUUCAGUGGAAACUCCAAUACACUGUCGCUGUAGACAAAACUAGUUUUUACCUGUUUUCUUAUUUUUCUUUCUAACUAAAAGCGUUUGUUGUCCCCUGA